GACACGGCCAGAGCACUGAGAGAUAUCAGGUAUUGAUGUAACUGGAGUGAAUAAGGGAACCUUUUUCCUGAGCACAGACUUUGGAGACUGUUAUCAGCAUGAACUCAUAUAUGUUAGACAAACACGUCAAUAGUUCAUAUCCAUCCUUCACUUCAGGAAGCAUCAGAAUGCUACCGCAAACUCCAAUAGUCUUAGACACCAAUGACUAUUCACAAACAUUGGGGAUAUCACAGCAGAUGUUUAAAGGAGAUGGUGAUUUGGCAGGAACUGGGCAGCAAUCAUUAUGUACAGAGAGUAAUUUAGUCAUCAAACAAGAGGACAACAUUUAUGACUUAUCUAGUGAAAUUAUUAUCCCUGAGGAUAAACCACACACAUUUACCGAGUUUUCAAAACAUGUUAAAGAAGGAAAAAGUCUACAGUCUAGCAAAAUGAUUCAUACAAAGGAGAAACUUUUCAAAUGUACAGAAUGUCAUAAAAGCUUUAGAUGGAAGUCUCAUCUACUAGAACACCACAACAUUUACACAGGCGAGAAACCACACACAUGUACUAAGUGCAGCAAAUGUUUUACAAAAAUGGAUAAUCUGAAAAGUCAUAAAAAGAUUCCCACAGGAGAAAAGCCUUUCACCUGUUCAGAGUGUGGAAAAAGUUUUACAAAAAAGAGUGAUCUGAAAAAGCAUGAAAGGAUUCACACAGGGCAAAAUACUUUCACAUGUACAGAGUGUGAAAAAGGUUUUACAGAAAAGGGUAGUAUUAAAAAGCAUGAAAGGAUUCACACAGGGCAAAAUCCUUUCACAUGUACAGAGUGUGGAAAAGGUUUUACACAAAAGAGUGAAAUGAAAACUCAUGAAAUGAGUCACACAGGGGAAAAGCCUUUCACUUGUACAGAGUGUGGAAAAGGUUUUACACUUAUGAGUAAUCUGAAAAAGCAUGAAAGGAUUCACACAGGAGAAAAGCCUUUCACAUGUACAGAGUGUGGAAAAGGUUUUACAGAAAAGGGUAGUCUGAAAAAGCAUGAAAGGAUUCACACAGGAGAAAAGCCUUUCACAUGUACAGAGUGUGGAAAAAGUUUUACACAAAAGAGAGAAAUGAAAACUCAUGAAAUGAGUCACACAGGACAAAAGCCUUUCACAUGUACAGAGUGUGGAAAAGGUUUUACACAAAAGAGUGAGCUGAAAGGUCAUGAAAGGAGUCACACAGGAGAAAAGCCUUUCACGUGUACAGAGUGUGGAAAAGGUUUUACACUUAUGAGUAAUCUGAAAAAGCAUGAAAGGAUUCAUACAGGAGAAAAGCCUUUCACAUGUACAGAGUGUGGAAAAUGUUUUACACAAAACAGUGUUCUGAAAACUCACGAAAGGAUUCACACAGGAGAUAAGCCUUUCACAUGUACAGAGUGUGGAAAAAGUUUUACACAAAAGAGUGAGCUGAAAAGUCAUGAAAUGAGUCACACAGGAGAAAAACCUUUCACAUGUACAGAGUGUGGAAAACAUUUUACACAAAAGAGUCAUCUGAAAAAGCAUGAAAAGAUUCACACAGGAGAAAAGUCUUUCACAUGUACAGAGUGUGGAAAACGUUUUACUCGAAAGAGUAAUCUGAAAACUCAUGAAAUGAUUCAUACAGGAGAAAAGCCAUUCACAUGUACUGAGUGUGGAAAAAGUUUUACACAAAUAAGUAGUCUGAAAACUCAUGAAAUGAUUCAUACAGGAGAGAAGCCAUUCACAUGUACUGAGUGUGGAAAAAGUUUUACACAAAUAAGUAGUCUGAAAACUCAUGAAAUGAGUCACAGAGGAGAAAAGCCUUUCACGUGUACAGAGUGUGGAAAAGGUUUUACACUUAUGAGUAGUCUGAAAACUCAUGAAAUGGUUCACACAGGAGAAAAGCCUUUCACAUGUACAGAGUGUGGAAAAUGUUUUACAGAAAAGGGUAGUCUGAAAACUCAUGAAAGGAUUCACACAGCAGAAAAGCCUUUCACAUGUACAGAGUGUGGAAAAAGUUUUACAGAAAAGUAUAAACUGAAAACUCAUGAAAGGAUUCACACAGGACAAAAGCCUUUCACAUGUACAGAGUGUGGAAAAAGUUUUACAGAAAAGGGUAAUCUGAAAACUCAUGAAAGGAUUCACACAGCAGAAAAGCCUUUCACAUGUACAGAGUGUGGAAAAAGUUUUACACAAAAGAGUAAUCUGAAAACUCAUGAAAGGAUUCACAAGGGAAGAAACCUUUCACAUGUUUAGAAAGUGGAAAAAGUUUUUUUUGAAAUCAGGUAUCACAAAACACCAAAUAUUUACACACAAAUAAACUUUAUAUACACAGUGUACAAACCUUUUUACAAUUAUCCUAAAGAGGACAAACUUUCUAAAUAGAAGCAUCAAAAAGGAUCCUAUGGUAAAUAAUACUUUCUAAAUCCCAGUUAUAAAACCCCCAGAUUGGAAGUGCUCUCCUGCAGUCCUUUGUUCCUCUAUAUAUGUGCAGCUCAGUUUCUCUCAUAUAAAUGUAAUAGAAUCCAAACACCACACAGGAAUAUACAAAUCUGUUGUCAUACUGAGCAGUUUACAAAACCAUUCACCCCCAAAGCACCCCCAGUGUUGUUUAUUAAAGGAUUACUUUCUGUUAUAAUUUUUAAGCUAAACAACUAACAUUUCUCCUACAUUGGUGUAUCCGGUCCACAGCUUCAUCCUUACUUGUGGGAUAGAGAGCACACAGCAGAGCUGUCCAUAUAGCUCCCCCUCUGG